AUGUCUGUCGAGCUCGACCCCGUAGAGCUGGGCUUCAAGCGCCCCUUCCAGCAGGAAGUCUCCAAGACGCUGCACCUCAAGAACCCGCACUCCGACCCAGUCGCUUUCAAAGUCAAGACGGUACGUAACGCCGUAGAACGAGCUGGAGAUGCGACACAUGCUGACUGCAUCUAUCUCUAUCUAGACCGCUCCCAAGCAGUAUGCAUCCCACGACCCACGGCCUGCAACCUCGGCUCCGUUGGGCGCAUCGAGCCCGGCAAAGAGGUCGAAGUUCAGAUUCUUCUCCAGGCUAUGAAAGAGGACCCACCGCCAGAUGCGAAGUGCCGCGACAAGUUCCUCGUACAAUCCGUCUUGGUCACCGCCGACAAGGAGUUCACCAACGUCGGAUCCCUGUGGUCACACAUCGAGCAGACCAACAAGUCGUCGAUCCAAGAGAAGAAGAUUAGAGUCCUCUUCCUGCCAGCCGACGAUGCGUCCACCACCACCCCUGCUAAGACCAACGGUGUCAGCCGCGAGUCGCUCGUCUCUGCUGCUACUCCCGAAGCCGUGACUCCUCAGCGCGGCGUACCCGACGCCACCGGACCCGUCUCCCGCCCAGAUGAGCGACCAGCGGGUAGCAAGCAUCUUGGAGAGAUCAAGGACGAGGCAUUUAGCCCUGCAUCCUCAGGUGGCGUGGGUGCGACCAUGUCUGCGGCCGCUACUCGAGUGUCCAACGCCAUUCCUGUAUCUCAAGAAGACCUGAGCGCCCAGCUCGCAGAGGCCAAGGCUACUAUUGCCAGGCUCACACAACAAGCUUCCGAAGCCUCUGGCCUGCGCCAACGAAAGACCGAUACCACAUCCGGUUCCAAGUCCCAGCUCUCAACUGCUCCUCACACCCAGACUGCCCCUGCAGGUGGUGUCUCUGUCCAGAUCACUGCCUUGCUCUGUUUGGUCAGCUUCCUCCUCGCCUACUUCUUGUUCUGAGCGUCUCCUGGGCGUUGCUUCGUAGAGCAAAGCAAAAGUAAUCACUACACGCGAAGGGCGACCUUGGGCGGACGAUGAACGAGUUUAGGAUUUAGAGAUUUGGGAGGCCAAGACCAUGCAGAAACAGCGAGGGACGGCGAGCGACUGUUGCUUUCUUUUCAGGGUGUAAUUAAGUUAUUGGGGAGAGUAGGGUUGUCAUGGCCAGGAUUACUAGCAGCGUGAAUUGUGCGCGCAAAGGUCCAUGUAUCAACAAUCAUGAAUUCCGUA